UAUGGGUCCCGGCUGGUCGCCUGCGCGGCGCCUGUGGCCGCUGCUCUGGCGCGGGAUGGUCUCGCAGCAAGCGGGCCCGGCGGUGUCUUCGGCUCCCCGGCUUCCUCGGCUGGCAGAGCGAUGGCUUUCGGCGGGGCCCGCGACCGGCCUGCCCCCGAGGCUGGCGCGCGGCCUGCACCGUGGGCCUCGGCCUGAGGAGCGGAGCGAUGGCGAGGCUGGCCCGCAGCCGGGAGCCGCAGAUCACAUUGGCACCAAGUUUGACAUCGACAUGCUGGUUUCACUUCUGAGGCAAGAAAAUGCAAGAGACAUUUGUGUGAUCAAGGUUCCUCCAGAAAUGAGAUACACAGACUACUUUGUCAUCGGUAGUGGGACUUCCAGCCGACACUUACAUGCUAUGGCCUACUACAUUGUGAAGAUGUAUAAACACCUAAAAUGUAGAAGUGAUCUGCAUGUCAAGAUUGAAGGGAAGGACACGGAUGACUGGCUAUGUGUGGAUUUUGGCAGUAUGGUGAUCCAUUUGAUGCUUCCAGAAACCAGAGAAACCUAUGAAUUAGAGAAACUAUGGACUCUACGUUCUUUUGAUGACCAGUUAGCUCAGAUAGCAGCUGAGACGUUACCUGAAGACUUCAUUCUUGGACUAGAAGAUGACACCUUAUCCCUGACUCCAGUGGAGUUCAAUGUGAAUGAAACAGAGUGAUGCCUUUCAUCCCUGAGGUGUGACUGAGCCAUCUGCAAGUGCAGGUCUUAGCCCUGUCCUCUUGGGCACUGCAAGUUUUGUCUACCUCUUGGACAUUCAUGCUGAUGACGGCCAUGCAGAGAGACUAGGUAAAUGAGCUCACAGACCAAGAAACAGUAUUCAGUUCCAGUUCUUCAGCACACUGCCUUUACUUUUGAGAUCCUACUAGGAUUACUAGCACUGAUUGCCAAGAUUAACUUAAGAUCUCUGUUCGGAUUAUUAAAUUUGUUUAAAUGUAAGUCUUAUUUACCAUGGAAUACUCCAAGUGGCAGAAGAAAGUAGAAUAUUUAGAUGAUUAGGAAAAGCCAUGCAAAUCUGUAGCUAUUAGUUCAUAUUAAAUAGGAUAAUCAAGGUUCACCUUAAUGUACCAGGGGCUGCUGAAGAAACAAAAAAACCAACAACUUACUGGUAGAUUGCUGCCUAGUGUAAGAUACAUAUCGUAGGAAUGAAUUCAAGAAUACUCAACUGAGAACAUACUACAAAAAGCUGUGGCUUAUGAUGAAGACUUUAUUCUGCAUCAAGGUACCUGGAAAACGAAGCUGCAUUUGGGGCACAUUAUAGAUGAGAAAUGAUCCGUAUAUGGUGAAUACAAACUCAGGUAUAGAUUUACUUAGUGCCAGGUACUCCAGACUACUAAUGCUUAAGUGAAAGUAAAACAUGAUUUGCCACUUUAAAAGGCUAGACGUGAAACAUGGCAGAAUUGAAACCAGCAGAUAUAAAUGUAGCACCUGUAAGUUUAAAAAAAAAACAAA